AUAUUAAGUGCCGUAUUUCUUCCAAGUAAAAUGUAUCUUCAUAUUUUAGUAAAAAUUAAAGGAGAAUGUGAAGAGAAAUCACAGCAUUAGUUAAAAAAAGGUUAAUUAAUGGGAGGAAGGACAGCAUAUAUAUGAUACAGAAGAUAAUUCAUUUCAUUUUAACUGAAUUAAGUGCAUUUUGAUUGAACUAAUGUAUUCAAGCCAUGCAGUCAGCAUUUAUAAAAGGAAUGCAUGAGUAAUUUGUGGGCAACUUGAGUAAAAAUGACACCUAUUGGUAAUUUCAUAUUUAGGAACUUUUUAAAGGUUGAAGGUUGCGUUUUGGUCGAACACCUACAAAGAUAAUCAUAAAACAUACAAAGCAAAUAAUACACACUUUUAAAGGCUGAUUAGUGAUUGCAAUAUAUUCCUUUUAACAAGAACCAAAAGUCUAAACCUUUCACUUCACAAGGCUGGGGUAUGUUUUCUUUCAUGUCAGUAUUCUCGAUAACUGCCAACUAAUCAGAUGUGUUUUUAAACUCGGGGCUGAAUAAAGGUAAUACAAUUGCAGUAGGACGCUAGCCGCGCCAUUCCAUGCCCUGGAGGCCCCCAUUCUAAACAUGAGCAGUCGCAAAAUGAGUAGUUCCAGCUCCAGCUCACUGGUCACCUACAGAAACCUGGGGAAAUCGGGUCUGCGAGUGUCGUCCAUUGGACUAGGAACCUGGGUGACAUUUGGCGGCCAGGUGACAGAUGAGGUAGCAGAAGAAAUACUAACAUUAGCAUAUGAAAGUGGAAUCAACUUUUUUGACACUGCUGAGGUUUAUGCAGCUGGAAACAAAAAAGACAACCCUGAUUUACCUUCCUCUGCUUAUGAGGCUAUUCAGGAAACGUGUGAAGGAGCUGAAAUUACCUUGGGGAAUAUUCUGAAGAAAAAAGCAUGGAGACGAUCCAGUUACAUCAUAUCCACUAAACUUUAUUGGGGAGGAAAAGCAGAAACAGAGAGAGGAUUAUCAAGAAAGCAUAUCAUUGAAGGAUUAAAAGCUUCUUUAGAGAGGCUUCAGCUAGACUAUGUGGAUAUUGUCUUUGCAAAUAAACCUGAUCCUCAUACUCCAAUGGAAGAGAUAGUAAGAGCUUUUACAUUUGUAAUCAAUCAAGGUUGGGCCAUGUAUUGGGGGACUUCUCGAUGGUCGCCUACAGAGAUCAUGGAGGCCUAUUCAGUGGCCAGACAGUUCAAUCUUAUCCCUGCUGUUGCUGAGCAAGCAGAAUAUCACUUAUUUCAACGAGACAAAGUAGAAGUAGCCAUGCCAGAAUUAUACCACAAAAUAGGUGUUGGUACAAUAACCUGGUCCCCUCUAGCAGGAGGAGUACUGACAGGGAAAUAUGAUGAUGGUGUUCCUAUAUAUUCCAGGGCAGCUCUCAAGGGUUAUGUCUGGUUAAAAGACAAAAUCUUGAGCGAGGACGGUCGACGCCAGCAGGCCAAGCUCCGAGAGGCUGCAGUCAUAGCUGACAGAAUUGGCUGUUCCAUUACUCAGCUGGCCAUUGCCUGGUGCUUGAAAAAUGACAAUGUAAAUAGUGUAUUACUAGGAGCUUCAACGGUAGAUCAGCUGUACACCAACAUUCAGGCAUUACAGUGGAUUCCAAAGCUGACCCCAGCAGUUAUGGCAGAACUUGACAAGAUACUGGGAAAUCGUCCUGGUGGAAGGAGAGAUGGGUUUAACAGGUCAUCUAGACGUUCCAUUCAGACUCAGCCUAAAACAUAAUACCGGGUAGUUACAUUGCUCUGUCAAGCCUGUGUAGUCAUUAGGUUAAAAUUCUCACUCCUCCCCAAAACAUUCUGGGUACUGUUUACUUGCACAGCCAAGUCAUAGUGAGAUGGAAAUGAUAUUCCAUUUUGUAUACAUGUUUUCUGUUUUCAUGUCUUAAAAACUUUGUUAUCCAAAAAUGUGAUAUUGAAUUGUAUAUGACAUGAUUUUUUUAUGAGAAAAAAAUGGUUGAAUCAACCUCACUACCUGGAGUAUCCUUAGGUCUAAUGUAUUUGCUAGUAUGUUUACCUGUGUUAAGACAACAUUCAUCUCAAUUUUCUUUUAAUGUUAAGAAAUAUCAAACCAAAAAGUAUUGUAAAAAGUUUCAUGUAUAAAUAUUUUCUCCUUUUUAUCCAUCUGAUUUAUGCACUAGUGGAGCAGCUUAGUGAUCCAACACACAUUGUGUUUGUUAAUCAUAUUUCUAAGAUUAAUCUGCUUGAAAUAAUUACUUUUCAUCUGCAGUUUGUUUAUUACCUCAGGGUUAUAUCAACUCUGAAAUUCAAGUGCCAAAAUACUGUUUACAUGAAUUUUAGAAAACUGUUUUAUUGUUUUUAAACAGCAAACAAAUGAAAUCAAACAGACAAACUAGGUAUGAUGUGUGUGUUUAUUUUCAUAUUGCACAAACCUUGUGAAAAUUUCAAACUUUUUUGUAUUAAUAAUAUAUGCAUUAUGGCUGGCAAUGCUCCUGAAAGUGUGUAAUGGAGGCACGUACUGGCUGAUACAACAGUAAAUUAAAUCUUUGUUACAAUGAUCCAUUUCAUCACAGACUACCAUAUCUUUCCUCCAAAACAUUCCCAUUUCUGUCAUAAUUAUAUGUUAUAGAUGUCCUGAUUUUUUGUAUAGAUCAGACCCUGUUUAGACUUGAUGUAUGGUAUGCUCAGUGGUGAAACUCUUACAGAGUUGUAACGUAUGUAUUACUGUGGUCAGAAAUUGAUUGAGGCCAGUAGCAUGCAGAUAUGCAUUUCAGCAAAUUAGACAAUGCAAAUGGUAUACACUGUACAAGUCAUAUUGAUAGAUUGACAUUGAGCUGUGGAUGCAGCAUUAGACAAUGUGACCUCUAUCAAACUUUUUAUUACCUAGCUAUUUCUCACUAUUGUGUAGAUUAUAUUUAUAUUGUGGAGUGGGAUAAACUUUUAUCUAGUCACUGGUUUUUAUUAUGAAUGACUGUGAUAUACUAGUAGUAUUUAGAGAUACUUGAUGCCCAAAAUACAGAAGCAUUUCAUUUCUCAUGUGAAUUAAAAGGAAAAAAAUAAUUAUUUUAUCAUUUUUAGCAUGUGCUUUAAAGAUAUUUGUAAAAACACUGUUACUGGUAUAUUAAAUUUGAAAAAGCAGUUACCUGAUAGACUAUUUGCAAUUUUUGUUAACCAAUAGACAAUAUGUUUAUUUGAUAAUGGGUAAAGGUAUUUCAUGAAUAUUGUGUGAUUAAGUUUAUUAACCAACACAUGAUUCAGUCCCUUCAUCAAUGCACUUUACAAGUAGAUGGUAUUACAACAUAUCAGUUAAUUUAUUUUAGCCUUCACUUUUAUUGUACAAAUGUAGUCAGUUUUUCAUUUUUCUAUUGGUUGAAUCUUUAAGAUUUUAAUAAAGUUAUCCUUAUUA